AUGGACUUCCUAGGUCAUCCUAGUGUAGUCUGUGCUAGCUGUCUGGCCUAUCUCCAAGAGCUGUCUCGUCCAAAUGAUUCUAAAGAAGCCUACUGCACGUACAUUCACCUUCCAGACGCUUCCAACACGCCUCACGAUCACUCAUUGUCCAAAUUCUUUGACACCGACUCGUUCUUUGGCAAGACAACGGCAUCGCUCGAGGUGGCUUCAGACUUGCUACCUAAGACACAGAGCUGCUUCGAUCUAACAUUGCCGGCAACCAGCAUUACUGCGCCAAACACGACCGCGACUGCCAAAUCUGCUUUACAGCAAGCCCCCAACCUCACUCCGUUCGGACUGCUCGAUCAGAUCUCUUGCGGACGUUCGACCGAUCCUCUGGGUGAAUUAGCCUGCAUCUUACCAGACAAUGACUGCUUAUGCACCCCUUCUCUCUGCAGCGACGCAACGGAGGCAACCGUCUCGCGACGUAUCUUGACGCAUCAACCACUUCCGCCAUCAAUCGAGCACAAAGACGAACCUACGUCAAAGCGCCCAUGGCGCAAGCGGGGACGCCCGCCCCUCGAUUGCAGCGACGAGGCUGAAUUCUUCUCAACAUCUUCGGGAAGGUCGUGCAAGCAACGCCGCAACCGAAUUCCGCACAACCAUGUCGAGCGUAAGUACCGCGAGGGCCUGAACCUAGAGCUCGAGAGGUUACGACAAGCGGUGUCGACCUUGCCACAAAGCGGCGAGGGUGAUGCCAUAGGACAGCCUAAGCCAAGAAAAGCCGUAGUGAUAGCGGCCGCUGUUGAUUACAUUAAAAGGAUCGAGAAAGAGAGGGAUGCGUUGCAGGAGGAAAACGAAAGGAUUAAGUAUGCACAGGGGAGGAAGAGGCAGAAGAUGUUUAAUGGCCUCGUUACUGAGUAG